AUGACGGGAAGAGCUAGAGCCAGAGCAAGAGGAAGACCUCCAGGACAGGAGACUGCUAUUCCUUCUGUAGGAGCUGCAUCUUAUGCUGUUUCUUCAGUCGCAGCAGGAAAAGUUGCUCCCAACUAUUGCAGGUUCAACAGACUUUGCCAAGUCAGCCACCCGGCCGUCGGCAACCUCAGCAGCCGCAUGUUCCUCCAUCAGUAUCAGAAGAACCUGGUGGCCGUGGACGACAGAGGGGCCCUCAGAGUGUUCAACAAGGCCAGAAUGGGAGAAGGCCAGAAGAUAGGAUUACAGAUUUCGGCAGGAUUUCAGGAACUGUCUUUAGCAGAUAGGGGUGGACGUCGUAGAGAUUUCCAUGACCUUGGGGUAAAUACUCGGCAAGCCAUAGAACAUGUUCAAGAAUCAAAAACUGGUUCUUCAGGUAUUAUGAUAAAAUUAACUACAAAUUACUUCCGUUUGACGUCUCGACCCCAGUGGGCUUUAUAUCAGUACCAUGUUGGCUAUAGUCCUGAGAUGGAAGCACGCCGGCUUCGAUCAGCUUUGCUCUUUCAGCAUGAACAGCUAAUUGGAAAGACACAUGCAUUUGAUGGAUCAAUAUUAUUCUUGCCAAAAAAACUAGGAAACAAGGUUACUGAAGUGUUCAGUAGGACUCGAAAUGGAGAGGAUGUGAAGAUAACAAUCACGUUGACUAAUGAGUUGCCACCUACUUCACCUACAUGUCUGCAAUUUUACAACAUCAUUUUUAGAAGGCUUUUGAAGAUGUUGAAUUUGCAGCAGAUUGGACGUAAUUAUUACAAUCCCAGUGACCCAAUCAGCAUCCCUAAUCACAGGUUGAUGGUUUGGCCGGGCUUCACAAGUUCUAUCCUCCAGUAUGAGGAAAGCAUUAUGUUAUGUACAGAUGUGAGCCAUAAGGUUCUUCGCAGUGAAACAGUGUUGGAUUUUAUGUACAGUCUGUAUUACCAGGUUGAAGAGCAAAGAUUUAGAGAUGCCUGUGCUAAAGAGCUGAUAGGUUUAAUUGUCCUUACAAAGUACAAUAACAGAACAUACAGAGUUGAUGACAUUGACUGGGAUGCCAAUCCACAGUGUACCUUUAGAAAAGCCGAUGGUUCUGAGAUCAGCUACGUGGACUACUACAAAAGGCAAUAUAAUCAAGAAAUUACUGACUUGAACCAGCCUGUCUUGAUCAGUCAGUCGAGGAGAAAGAGAGGAACCAUGAUGCCAGGACCUGUGGUUCUAAUUCCAGAGCUGUGCUUCCUAACAGGAUUAACUGAGAAGAUGCGUAAUGAUUUUAAUAUGAUGAAAGACUUGGCUGUUCAUACACGACUGCCACCUGAGCAAAGGCAACGUGAAAUUGGAAGACUUAUUGACUACAUCCGAAAAGAUGACAAUGUUCAGAAGGAACUCCGAGACUGGGGUUUAAGCUUUGAUUCUAAUUUAUUAUCCUUUACGGGAAGAGUUGUUCAAGGAGAAAAGAUCCUUCAAUCAGGAAAUUUUGAUUACAAUCCUCAGUUUGCUGAUUGGUCAAAGGAAACUAGGGGAGCUCCCUUAAUCUGUGCAAAGCCUCUGGACAACUGGUUAUUAAUAUACACACGGCGCAACUAUGAUAUUGCUAAUACGUUACUUCAAAAUCUGUUUAAAGUCACACCAUCUAUGGGAAUCAGAAUGAACAAGGCAACCAUGAUCGAAGUAGAUGAUAGAACAGAAGCUUAUUUAAGGGUUUUACAGCAGAGUAUUACCCCUGACACAAACAUAGCAGUUUGUGUUUUGUCUAGUUCCCGAAAGGAUAAGUAUGAUGCUAUCAAGAAAUACUUAUGUACCGAUUGUCCCAUUCCAAGUCAGUGUGUGAUUGCUCGCAGUUUAAGCAAGCCUCAGACUGCUAUGGCCAUAGCAACAAAAAUUGCCUUACAAAUGAACUGUAAAAUGGGUGGAGAGCUUUGGAGUGUUGAGAUCCCACUGAAACAGGUGAUGGUUGUGGGAAUUGAUUGUUACCAUGACACUUUAUCUGGAAAGCAGUCAAUUGCAGGAUUUGUCGCUAGCCUGAAUCAAACAAUGACACGGUGGUUCUCCCGCUGUGCUGUUCAAAGUCGUGGGCAAGAACUGGUGGAUGGGCUCAAAGCCUGCUUGCAAACUGCUCUAAGAGACUGGUUCAAGUGGAAUAAAUAUUUGCCCUCUCGUAUUAUUGUGUAUCGUGAUGGUGUAGGAGAUGGGCAGCUGAAUACUUUGGUUAAUUAUGAAGUGCCUCAAUUUUUGGAUUGCUUGAAGAGUGUUGGUAAAGACUACAAUCCAAGACUUACUGUGAUAGUUGUGAAGAAACGAGUGAAUACCAGAUUCUUCGCACAGUCUGGUGGAGCACUUAAAAACCCACCCCCUGGUACUGUUGUUGAUGUGGAGGUUACCAGGCCAGAAUGGUACGAUUUCUUUAUCGUGAGUCAGGCAGUGAGAAACGGUUGUGUUGCACCCACUCAUUAUAACGUGAUUUAUGACACUAGCAAACUGAAACCAGAUCACGUACAACGUUUAACCUACAAACUUUGCCACAUGUACUACAACUGGUCGGGUGUUAUCAGAGUACCUGCUCCUUGCCAGUAUGCUCAUAAACUGGCCUUCCUUGUUGGUCAGAGUGUUCACAGAGAACCAAACCUGUUGCUUUCAGACAGACUUUACUAUCUUUGA